AUGGCCCUCGGAGCCAAUCCGCUCGUGGGAUGGCAUCGAUUGAUGCACCGCGUCGUCGCGGCGGCCAGCAACGGUGCGACCAGUCCGUCUUCAUUACUAGUAGCGCUCGCCGUACCAAUUCGUAAGUGCUAUCCUUGCUUCGAUCAAGCACCCCUACGGCCGCCUCUCCAUCUCCCAAGGAGCAGAUUACACGAGCUCCUUCUCCAUCGCUGUGGUCGAGCCCAUCGCCAGCCUUCGCUACCCCGUGCGUGCCUUCGAAGGCUUCGAUGGAGAGGUCUGUCUCGCUCAAAUCCAGUUCGUUCGGAUGACGUCGUUCGUCCAAGUCGUGUUGCCGCGCAUUUAGCCGCCUCGAGCGUUUGGAUCGAUCGAGCAUGUGGUGCCAUCGCUGGUCUCGGAAGCGACAUUUUCAUAAAAUAUCUUUUUGGCCCGCCAUUCUAUCACGAGAUGCGCUCUCCUCGUGCGCUCCGUUUCGGCCACGAGCGGAGAGACUCUUCGGCGCUGACCCUUGGCGCUCGUCUCACACAGGCGCUGCGGCUCGGCCCGAAUCGCCAUCCUCGAUCUUCGUCCGCAACAACUCUUCAUGGAGCCAGUGUGGUCGAUCGAACUCGUUGUCGGCGAUCCCGAGAGCCCGUGGGACCGGCGGUGUGUUGCAGGCAACUCGAACCUUCCAGUCGUUCGCUUCCGUUCGCAACGUCCCAGCAUCGACGGCUCCUUCGACACAGGCUUCUAUCCCCUCCAAACCCGCGAGCGGACCGGCUUCAUCGACCUCCACAACUUCUUCGCUUUCCCGUGGCCGACAUAGCUACGCAAGACAGCUUCUACGACUCCGAGUCGAGCUCGCGCUGCUUCGACGACGGCUACCCCCGCUCAAACCUACUCGUCGAUCAUUAGCGGUGACCCUGGCGGCCGUAGCGGUUGUUCUGACUUUACUAUACAACCUCUCUGCCCCAUUCCGACGGCUUGUGAUUGCCAUCGAUCGAUGCUCGCGCGUCGGAAUCGCCGUCGCACAAUGCAUCGUCGACUACAAAAUCUUGUUCCGGGGCGAGUGGCCCGAUACGCCCGAGGGGCAGCAACAACGCCAUCAGGCCUACGAGGAUUGUCACACAAAAUGCGCUGUGAGGAUUCGCGAAGUGCUCAAGAAGAACGGUGGCAUCUACAUCAAAGUCGGUUAACCCAGUCGAUUCAUCUCGAUUUGUCUCGUUGCUCUGCUGAUUUUGUACCACGCGAGUCCUGUGCAGCUUGGGCAACAUCUGUCGUCGGUCCAGCUGAUUCCACUACCGUGGUCUCAAGCAAUGAUCCCUCUUCAAGACCAGUGCAAAGCGACACCGCUCGCCGAAUUGCAACAGCUCUUCCUCGACGAUGCAGGCGCUCCUCUCUCGACCUUCUUCUCCUCGUUCGAUCCAAACCCCAUCGGGGUCGCUAGCUUGGCCCAGGUCCAUCGCGCCAUCCUCCGUGAUACGGGUGAACAGAUCGCUGUCAAGGUUAUGCAUCCCGAUCUCGAGUAAGUUCAAUGCACGCAAUCUUGAUUGAUAGCUUUCUGGCCGAGCUCAUUCCAAUGAUGUGGUCCCCCCGAAAUCAAUCAGAGAAUUUUCCCAAAUUGACAUGAAAACCACGACUUUGAUGCUCCGGGUCGUCAAGAGCAUGUUUCCUUCGUUCGAAUUCACCUGGCUGGGCGAAGAGAUGGAAGAAAACUUGCCGCUGGAGAUGGACUUCAGUGAGGCACUCCGCCCAUUGGAUUCGCAGCAGAGGUGGUGCAACUGGCUGACGCUGGUCGUUUGAACUUUAUCCAGGGCACGAAGCUGCGAACGCGUCGAGGUGCCAAGCCGAUUUUUCGGACUUGAAAACGACAAGCCUAGUCAUUCCAAGGGUCAUCUGGGCGAAGAAGAGGGUCAUGGUGAUGCAGUUCAUCGAGGGUGCUCGAAUCGACGAUCUUGCGUACCUCGAGGCGCAUCAAAUCGACCGGAAUGAGGUGUCGAAGGAACUCUCAAGGAUAUUCUCAAGAAUGAUCUAUAUAAUCGGGUACGCCUAUUCUAUCGCAUGUCGCUCAUCUUCUCUUCCAAGUUAUUUUGGGAUGCUGCUAACCAUCAUCCAGGUUCUGCUUACCGUUCAAAGGUUCUUCCACGCCGAUCCUCACGGCGGCAACUUGCUGAUCCGCCCUGCCCAGCCUGGGAGUCGGUCGCGCAGUAAUUUUGAAAUCGUGCUUCUCGAUCACGGUACGACGGCUUGCUCCAUGACCUCUUACCAGAUGAUCUGCAUAUGUCUUACGCCGACCUUUUCUGCCUCCACAGGUCUUUACUUUGAAAUGGACUCCCCGCUCCGCGUGGCUUACGCGCGGCUAUGGCUCGCGCUCAUCUCCCCAUCCUCCCCGAAAGUCGAGGCCGACCGACGGAAAUAUGCCUACUUGGCCGGCAACAUCGACGACGAACUUUACCCCAUUUUCCAAGCCGCAAUCACGGGGCGAGCCGCACUGGAUGACCCUUACGCGGUCCGAGGGGACGAAGGAGGCAAGAAGGGUUCGGUGAUGGAGUUAGGAGAGCACACGCUGGAUGAGCAAAAGAGGAUGAGGCACACCAUUGCCGAGACAGAGGGCUUGAUGACGAGCAUUUUUGACCUGCUGAGGUGAGCUUGGAUGCCUUCACCUCCAAGAGUUUCGAGACUUAUUGAACCCAUCGGGAUGGUGUUGCAGGCGAGUGCCGCGGAGGAUUUUAAUGGUACUCAAGGUCAAUGACCUGGCUCGGUAAGUCGUGUCCGAGCUGUUCUUGCUUCUGGCUCACUUGUUCCUCGGGUCUGAUCGACAUUUUCUCUUCCACUGGUGAAUCCAGGGCACUGGAUACCUCGCUCCAUACCACCCACUCCCCAGCCCGCAUCUUCAUGAUCGUGGCCGAAUACUGCAAUCUUGCGGCCUAUCUUGAUGAUCUGGCCCAGCUCCGAACGCGGUAUCAUUCGCGGGGCCUCUCAUUCGGUCUUGGUUGGGGAUCGAUUCGAGCGUGGACCCGCUAUCAGAGCUGGAAUCUUACUCUAGCGAUCGCAAUGUGGUGGACAGACUUGAAGGCUAGGUGGAGUAGUCCACGACACGGAGAAGCGAUAGCUAUGGCGUUUGUGUAG